AUGUCCACGGAGGCGACCCCUCAACGUGGCCUGCUGCCAGCCAUUGUUAUCCAGCAGGCCAUCGCUCAGCAGUUCGGCAGCAACGCUGCAACGGACGCGCUGCGCCAGACGCCACCACCACCACCACCACAGCAGCCACCGCUGUUGCUCCGCGUGGAGGUGGAGACGCGACAGGGUUACGUGUACGAGGGGAAGCUUGUCGUGCUGGACGACGACUACAACGUGAGCCUCGCGGAGGCGACAUCGUGGCGUGACCGCCUCUGCGACGUGGAGCGUGCGCUGUUGGCAGCGCAGGGUUUUCCCGCGCCCGCGGCGAGCCCUGCAACGCGGCGGCGAUACGUUGGCUCCGUCUUCAUCCGCAGCAGCAACCUGUUUAUGCUGCGGUUCCUCCAAGACGAGGGGUCUGCCAGUAGCCCCACGACCAGCAGUAACAACAAUAAGGCUGGUGGUGGUGCUGCUGCCACCCUGAAGUCUGCGUUCAAGUCUAUGGCGGUAAAGGUUAAACGGCAGAUUAACAUGGAGCGGCAGAAGAAUCGCAUAGAACGCCGGCAACGCCUACGAUUGGGGACGAAGGCGGUGGUUAACGGGGAGAAUGGCGGAGGCAAGACAAGGCCGAAAAGGGCAAGGCGAACUGGGGCUGCGUCGUGA